AGAAAUGUAACCACUCUCAAAUACAUAGACACAGGUAUUCUCACAUAUGGAUGCAUCAACUCACAUCAACAGAGCUCAAAUCAAUUAUAUCACCUCCGUCCUUGUUUAUGAAUGUAGCCCUGCUUCUUCGGCGGUCAGAGGUUGGGGGAGGGAGUUGGACGAGGGAAAAAAGUUUCUAUAACUUUCAUAUACAGUGGUUGCCUUGCUCGGACCUGCUGGCUGUCAGAAAAACAUACGAAGAUGGCGUGGCGCUGCUAUCGUGCCACGUCUCGGUUUACAGGGAAAAUACACGCAACUUUUAGAGAGUCAUUAAUAUCUACUAUCUUAUUUGUGUGUUUACUUUUUCCUUUUACCACCGAAGCUGGCUUGUACACAGCUUCUGAUCAGGUAGUCGUUUUAACCCCGGAUAAUGUGGACAGCGUUUUGGUCAAUUCUACAGCCGCACUGGUUGUUGAGUUUUACGCCUCUUGGUGCGGGCAUUGUAUUGCUUUUUCUCCCGUAUGGAAAAGUCUCGCUAGCGAUAUUAAAGAGUGGAAACCAGCUGUGGAUUUAGCUGCCAUAGACUGUGCUAAUCAAGAUAAUGGGCCGGUUUGUUCCCGUUUUGGUGUCAGGGGGUACCCAACACUGAAGUUCUUCCACGCUUACUCCAAACCUGACUCCAAAGGAGAAAGUUUCAGAGGAUUUCCUCGUAAUGUGAGGGGUUUACGUCAUAAGAUCAUCGAUAAGAUGGAGACCCAUGCAGAGCCCUGGCCCCCGGCCUGCCCCCCUCUGGAGACUACUAGCAGAGCAGAGCUUAAGACAAACAGUGUGGGACACCUGGCCUUGCUCUUUGAGACCUCUAACUCAUAUGUGGGCAGAGAGUUGACUCUGGACCUACUGCAGUAUGAGAACAUAGCUGUGCGGAGGGUCCUGAGCACCGAGGAUGGCCUGGUGGCUGAACUGAAUGUGACCCACUUCCCAUCCUGUUACCUGUACUAUCCUAGUGGGAUCUUCACCAGGCUCCAUGUACAACUUGAGGUCCGGACCUUCUACACCUACGCCCUCCAGAGGCUUCCUGGGGUAGUGCGGGCCGGAAAGCCACUGCCAGUGACCUCUGACCUUGCGAAAAACACAACAGAGGACCAAUUGAGACCAUUCAACAGGUCUCGUGUGUAUAUGUCAGACCUGGAGUCUACUCUGCACUACUCUCUGCGCGUGGAGCUGGCCGCUCACCCUGUCAUCAAAGGAGAGGCACUGAGCACACUACAACGGUACAUCUCAGUACUAGCGAAGUACUUCCCUGGUCGUCCUGUGGUGAACAACCUGCUGAAGUCUGUGGACAUGUGGCUAAAGGGUGAGAAGGACACAGAGCUGUCCUACAGCUCUCUGAGGGACGCUCUGGACAAUACUGCAGAGGUACCUAAUGCUGCGCUGCCUGAGGGGGUGAGGUGGGUGGGCUGCCAGGGCUCCAAGCCCCACUUCAGAAGGUACCCCUGUGGCAUGUGGACCCUAUUCCAUGUCCUUACUGUACAGGCCGAGGAAGCUGCUGGCAAAGACCCCCAGGAGGUGCUCCAGGCGAUGAGGUCAUACAUCCACAGUUUCUUUGGCUGUCGGGCAUGUGCCACCCACUUUGAGAACAUGGCCCAGGAGAGCAUGUCCCAUGUGGGGACACUGUCCUCCGCCGUGCUGUGGCUCUGGUCCCACCAUAACCACGUAAACAAUAGACUGGCAGGUGCUCUGAGUGAGGAUCCUCACUUCCCUAAGAUCCAGUGGCCGUCCCCAGAGCUGUGUCCCAGUUGCCACGGGGUUAAGAAUGGAGAACACACCUGGAACCAGGCAGAGCUGCUCACCUUCCUCCGCUCCCACUUCUCUUCUGAACACCUCCUCUCUGACUACCUGGAGGAGGAGGCCCAGCUCCUCAGCAGGCAGAAGGAGAGGCUGGUUGCCAGGCAUCAGGAGAAAGAGCAGGAGGCCAAGAGAGGAGCAGAGGGGAGGGCCAGACAGACCCAGGACACCUUGCUCAAACCACAGCCGGAGGAGGAAGUGGCUAAAGAACAGCCAGCAGAAGAGGAGGCGGCGAGGGCAGGAGAAAAGGUGCAAAUAUCUGAACCCCCACCUUGGGUAAAGCCCAAGGCAGAUGUGUCCCACCAGCCCCAGCGCAGGCCCAGCAUCGUGGGGUUGAAGUUCAGGCCCCCCCAGGAGGAGAUUGUAGACCUGGACUCCAUCAACCAGUACUACAAGGCCCUCCUCGCUGCUGCCAGAGUGUCCUUCCAUGUCAAACUCAGGACCCUGCAGAUGAAGGAGCAGCCGCAGCCUGGAGCCGGCCUGGAACAGGGGCCAGUGCUGCGGCUGGGGAUGCAGCCCGUGGAGCCAGAGGACUUGUUGGGGCAGCACAAAACGCUGCAGAAGAGGAUUCUGACGGGCAAGUACACUGGGUCAGAGGAGGAGGGGGCUCUGGAGAUGUACCCGCACCCUAACAAGAGGCGCUGGAUGUCCUUGCUGAGCGUGGGCUUCUCCAGACUGGACAUCAGCCUGUGUGUGCUCCUCUACUUCCUGUCCUCAAUGUGUCUGCUGGCCAUGUACCUCUUCUUCAAGAACCGCUGGCGGCUGCGACGGGCCAAGGUGGCUCUGCCCUGAGUCAACAUUACCUGGCAAUGCUACUGUAGAUUUACCCAUACUGUGACGCUGUGGUCAGUUCCGAAUCCCUCCAACUGAAGGAUUCGUAAUGUUCUGCAUCAAUGGAUUGCUUCAUGGUGCUUGCAUUCAGGAUAAUAAUUUAGCCAAAGUAUUUAGCCUUUUUUGACCACUUCUGAAGGAUGAAUUAAAACACCAGGGAAUUAAUGGGAUUUUUUUUUUUUUUGUGAAAACAACUAAAGGGGUUUAUUUGAUAUUUAUUGUAAUUCUUAGUCUGUAUAUAAUGACAAAUUAAUUUAUGUGAAAAAAGAAUCACUUUAUAUAGUUUUAUGGAUAAAAGCCCUAAUGUAAUAUGAGAAGCACUGCUCUUUUCUCUUAGACCUGUCACUGCCAGCCUUUCCAAAGAGUUCUAUGAGCUGUGUACUCUAACAAUGAUUUUAUAUUCUUAGAAAGAAAUCAACCUCCAUUAGAAAAUGUGAUUUUACAAAGAGAAAUGUGCCUUGAAUGUCAUUUUGGAAAAACGGUGCCUGAAAGUAGAUUAUCCAUAUUGAUUUUAGCAUAAAGCAAGUGGAUGUUUCCAAAUACACAAAGAUUGUGUGUGUGUGUGUGUGUGUGUGUGGUCAGAUUAAUGUUGUAUAUUGUUCACACUAUAGAAUUAGUUCUUAUUCUAGUGGUUAGAGCGUUGGACUACUAACCGGAAGGUUGCAAGUUCAAAUCCCCGAGCUGACAAGGUACAAAUCUGUCGUUCUGCCCCUGAACAGGCAGUUAACCCACUGUUCCUAGGCCGUCAUUGAAAAUAUGAAUUUGUUCUUAACUGACUUGCCUAGUUAAAUAAAGGUAAAAUUGUAAAAAAUGUAAUUCUAUGGUUCACACAUUCUGUUCCAAAGUGGUCUAUGUUGUGACUGGCCAUACCAUGCUAUUGUCUGAUUGGCUAGUGCAUCUUAUAUGUCCCAAUUAGCUUUGCACAAUAGAGUUUAGACAUUAAAGAAGUGUUGUAGAGCAGCACUUGUUCACAGGGUACAAAAUAAGCAGGAUUGGGGUUUUAGCUGGUGUCCGUUACAUUAGGCUUACUGGUCUCACUCAACUCGAGAUACUGUGUUUUGCUUUGCUUAUCUCAAUCAAUAAAAUGAUUUUUGCU